AUGGUGAGUAGUUGCGAGCUUUGCUGCGAGGUCAUAAUCGCGAUCCUUCUUCCUCCUCUCGGCGUUUGUCUCAGACAUGGCUGCUGCACUGUUGAGUUCUUCAUAUGUUUGAUCCUCACUAUAUUAGGAUACAUUCCUGGAAUAAUCUAUGCAAUCUACGCGAUCUUGUUCCUGAACAGAGAUGAUUACUAUGAUGAAUACAGACGCCCAAUCUACUAUGUUGCUUGA